AAUGCUGAAAAGUCGACACAACCUGCAGGAUGACGUCAGGGAGGAUCUGUACAAGGCCGUCAACGACUGGGUGGCAGCCAUCGGCAAGAAGAGGAAGUUCAUGGGCGGAGAUCAGCCCAACCUUGCAGACCUAGCGGUGUUCGGCGUCCUCAGAGUGAUGGAGGGCCUGGAGGCGUUUGACGACAUGAUGAAGAACUCCAAGGUCAAACCCUGGUACAGACGGAUGGAGAGAGCCUCGCUCAACCACGAAGGCCGCACCUGAGUGGAACAUGGAGCCUCAAAGACUAAACAGUAAUCCUUCCAGGGAGACGGGCAGCAGCAAGAUGGCCUGCUUUUAUUAUGAAAACGGUUAGAGAUUCUGCUGGACUCACAAUAAUUUAAACCUAGCCGCAGACAUAGAUGUAGAUACAGAGAUAACAUACAUGAAACUUCUGUCGGGCGACAUCUAAUUCUACAAGUUAAUUUCCAAGCUGCUUUAUGGAGAAACACUCAAAUCAGCUGUUAAAUGACAUUUUACUGACACUUGCAGGUGAGAUGUGGGAACUGCAAUAACUUUCCAUUAAAUACUGCCUACAGGAUUUCUACUUACCAUGACCCAAAAUAUUAUGUAAUUUGGCAUCUGCUUUUAUUUCACACACAGUACUGUCUAUUGUUUAUUUUCCUUCCAAGAUCAAAUGGUUUAAUUUAGUGGUUCUCAACCAAAGACUUUGGCUCCUGCAAGGACUCAAGUGUAUUGUAUUUAUGAAAAUUAAAACAAGGUACAAAUAUCUUAUUAUUUUUGUUCCAGUUUUUGACCAUUUUAUCAUACAAAAUUGCAAUCCUAUCUGUAACUGUAAAUACAUAAAUAAAAUCUAAUUGGACAGACGAAUAAAUUAGAAGUCAAGUAUGCAACACUUAAAGUGGACAAAAUUAUUGAUCCAUAUGACUGAGUUCAUCAUUUAUUUCCACAUGGUUUUAAAUGCAGACACUUUUGAGAUCAUUGAAGCUUUGUCUCUAUUUCAGCCGAUGUUUUUCUGUGUUACUGAUUCAGGAUCAGCUUGACAGCACGGUAUCGAUAAGCUUAUCUGUUGCUGUUCUCUUUGGGGUUCAAUUUAAUAAAACGUGAAAACUGGUGAGCUGCCAGUUUGAAUU